UUGUGUUGUCAACAACGGUGAAUGUGGAUGGACACGUGCUGGCUGUUUCUGACAACAUGUUUGUUCAUAACAACUCUAAGCAUGGCCGGAGAGCAAGAAGGCUGGACCCAUCAGAAGCUACCCCCUGCAUCAAAGCCAUUAGCCCAAGUGAAGGCUGGACCACGGGAGGAGCCAUGGUCAUCAUCAUUGGAGACAACUUCUUUGAUGGCCUCCAAGUGGUGUUUGGGACCAUGCUUGUAUGGAGUGAGCUAAUAACUCCUCAUGCCAUCAGAGUGCAGACUCCUCCUCGGCACAUCCCCGGAGUAGUGGAAGUGACAUUAUCUUAUAAGUCCAAACAGUUCUGCAAGGGAGCUCCAGGGAGGUUCAUUUACACAGCAUUAAAUGAACCCACCAUAGACUAUGGCUUUCAGAGACUGCAGAAGGUCAUCCCAAGGCAUCCUGGAGACCCAGAGAGAUUAGCUAAGGAGAUGCUAUUGAAAAGAGCUGCAGAUCUAGUGGAGGCCCUCUAUGGCACACCACACAAUAACCAGGACAUCAUUCUGAAGCGAGCCGCAGACAUUGCGGAAGCCCUGUACAGCGUCCCUAGGAAUCCCAGCCAGAUCCCAGCUCUCUCCAGCUCCCCAGCUCACAGUGGCAUGAUGGGCAUCAACUCGUAUGGCAGCCAGCUUGGGGUCAGCAUCUCGGAGUCAACACAGGGAAAUAACCAAGGCUACAUCCGCAACACAAGCAGCAUCUCUCCGCGAGGCUACUCUUCCAGCUCCACCCCUCAGCAGUCUAACUACAGCACCUCCAGUAACAGCAUGAAUGGCUACAGCAACGUCCCCAUGGCCAACCUGGGCGUCCCAGGGUCACCAGGAUUUCUAAACGGCUCCCCCACAGGCUCCCCUUAUGGAAUCAUGUCAUCAAGUCCCACUGUUGGAUCUUCUAGCACGUCCUCCAUCCUCCCAUUUUCCUCUUCAGUUUUUCCUGCUGUCAAACAGAAGAGUGCCUUUGCCCCUGUCAUCAGGCCACAAGGCUCCCCUUCACCUGCCUGCUCCAGUGGCAAUGGAAAUGGAUUCAGAGCCAUGACCGGACUUGUCGUGCCCCCAAUGUAAAGAAGAGGAAGAACUGCUUUCUUAUAGCACAAAACUACUUAUCCUGAUGGACCAAUAAUGAAGAAAGCACUAGGAGCUCUUUGGGGAGAAUUGUGCCCCAGAAUGAACAUGACGGACAGAUUUGGGUAUGCAAGGAGCUGCAUUUUACCUGGUCUCAUGUUUCUCAUCUAGCUCUCAUGGUGGCUACACAAACUGACCCUCUUGGGGACAAGGACAAAAGAUGUCAUUGACGUAGUCAGUGCUAAGAGCAGAAAUGCAAUUCUUUGUUAUGAACAUUAUGAGAACCACCUUCCUAUGUUUGUAAAAUAUUUAAGAAAAAAUUGGCAAACAAUUCAUGCUUAAUAUUUUGGAUACUAUUUGUUUUUCUUUGUAGGAAAAAAAAAAGUUGAAAGUUUCUAUUUUCUAUGAAGCCUUUCAGAUACCAAUUUAGUUUAUGCAGAAAAAAAAAAUUGAACAAAACAGGGUACCAGCAUGGAAGACUUUCUUAAACGAAACCUGAAUUGAAUGAAGAAAUAUUGUUGUAUGUGUGUUUGCUUAUAGUUUAAUCUCUUUAAAAAACAACAACAAAAAAAAAAAACAAAAAAAG